AUGACAGAGUCUAACGGCUUCCAUGCGCCAAACAUGCGCGCAGUACCCGCUGGUGAAUUUGUGAGACCAAGCAGAAAGACUAAUGGCGCUGGUGUACAGGCCGAAGAUACGCGGAUAUGCGUUGUGAUGGUGGGCUUGCCAGCUCGGGGCAAGAGUUUGAUUGCGCAGAAAGUCGUUCGCUACCUCCACUGGCUAUCGAUCAAGUCGAAGACGUUCAACGUUGGCCAGUAUCGCCGCACUGCGACCCCAAACCCAUCCGCCGAGUUCUUUGACACUUCGAAUCCUGAGGGAGAGCGUUUACGGAAAGCCGCCGCCGAAGCCGCCGUCAACGACAUGUGCAAAUGGUUCUCUGAGGGCAAAGGACUCAUCGCGAUAUUGGACGCCACAAAUUCGACCAAGAGUCGUCGCAGGUGGAUACAAGAGAGAUGCAGUGCGGAGAACAUCGAGACGCUGUUUGUAGAGUCCAAGUGCGACGACGAGGAUCUUAUCAUGAGCAACAUUCUCGAAGUCAAGACAACGUCACCAGAUUAUGUUGGUCAGGACCCAGAGGAAGCCGCAGCAGACUUCCGAAACCGCAUUCGCAACUACGAGAAGGUGUACCAGACGAUCGACGAGGACGAGCGCGAUCUCACCUAUGUCAAGUUGAUCGAUGUGGGCAAACAAGUCAUCAUCAACCAGAUCCAGGACUACCUACAAAGUAGAGUGGUCUAUUACUUGAUGAAUCUGCACAUCAAGCCACGGUCGAUCUGGUUGUCAAGGCACGGCGAAUCAGCAUACAAUCUUUCAGGACAGAUUGGAGGUGAUGCCGAUUUGUCCGAGCGCGGAGAUGCUUACGCUCACGCUCUUCCCGGUCUCGUUGCCAAAUCUGUUGGUGAUGGCCGCAAACUCACAGUCUGGACGUCUACACUGAAACGCACGAUCCAGACGGCACGAUUCCUCACAUUCGAGAAGCUUGAAUGGAAAGCUCUCGAUGAGCUCGACUCUGGAGUCUGUGACGGUCUGACAUAUGCUCAGAUUGAGCAAAAGUACCCCGAGGACUUCGUACAGCGCGACGAAGACAAGUACAAUUACCGCUAUCUCGGCGGUGAAUCGUACCGCGACGUAGUCAUUCGAUUGGAGCCCAUUAUCAUGGAGCUCGAACGUAGCGAAAAUAUCUUGAUCGUCACCCAUCAGGCGAUAUUAAGAUGCAUCUACGCGUAUUUCAUGAACGUCCCGCAAGAACAGAGUCCAUGGAUGGAGGUACCGCUACAUACCUUGAUCAAGUUGACGCCCAAGGCGUACUCGACACAAGAAGAGAGACUGAAGGCCGACAUACCGGCCGUCAGCACAUGGCGAGGUAAGGGAAGCAAGGCUGAACAUCAGCAAGCGGACGGCAGUACAUAG